AUGUUCUCUUUGUUGACAAUCGUCUAUGCAAUUGCUAUUCUCGUCGCACUUGUUGUGCUCGUUGUUCUCAGUGUUGUUGUCCUUGGAGUUGUUUCGGCAUCUGCCGCCGCCGCCGCCGCCCCAGAUCUCCCGGCUUUCCCCCCUGCUCCGGUAGCCCUGCACAUCCCCGGCCCUGUCGUCCCUGCCAAUAACCCCGUUUUCCCAUCCUCUCAGCCUGGAUCCUCCCCCUCCACUAACCCAAACGAUUAUCAGUACGGUGAGCGGGAGAUGUGGGGAAGCUUGCGACAAAGAUGGAUCGAUGAUGCAAACGAGCCCAACUGCACAGUGCAGGCACUAGAUUUCGAAUUUAGAGACUUGACCCAUGCUAAACACAGGUCCCAAAGAUGGACAUCAAAUUUCAACCGCUGGGGCCCAAGACCCGCCGCUCUUCAAGGUGACCUUGAGGAUUGUGGACUCCCUGUAGGUAAUGAAGAUUACCACGAUAUCAAGAUCUCAAGGAACUCGGUCACUCCGCACCCGAAAAGAGGAAUGGGAACUAACUUUUAUCAUAUCUCGACUGCAAUGGGAGUUAUUGUCCUGAGAAAUGUUGACAAAUACGAUGGACCUUGGUGGAGUCAAGUUGCCCUUGCACAGUACGAUAUUCACUUCGCCCGGAAUAUCUUGAGACACGUUUACCUCGAAAAUGUUGUCAACGAGGACACCAGGAACUUUAUACAAACAAUUUGGGCUAACACUCAACCACCUAAUUCCCAAGGGUUUGAUCGAUCUCCAGCAUCAGUAACUCCAGUGGCCUGGAAUUUUGAUACCCCCGAAUAUAAGGCCAUUCUGGGCACAGAGCUUGGGAAAGGAGUGGCUGCUAUUGUUUUGUCGGCAUUCCCCAGAGGUACACAUCGUAUCACCAGAGUCGUUGUCUGGAAGAAGUCUAUCAUGCAGAUACGAUUUGAUAUUGAAAACAAAGCUUACUUGUAG